AUGCUGCCAUACAUCAACCUCCUCUUUGAAUAUCCUGCGGCCCUCACUGGAGCUUCCGUGGAUGAGUUGAAGCUCAUCGCCUCCUUCCUGCUCUCUUACCCAUUGGCAGGACUGCUGAAGAGGAUUCCCGACUCCCAGCCCUGGCAGAAAAAUGCAUUCACUAUCGCGGUGUCGUUGUUCUAUCUGGUGGGCUUAUUUGACCUCUGGGAUGGUCUCCGGACGCUAUCGUACAGCGCGGCCGGUGUAUAUGCCAUUACCUACUACAUUGACGGGUCGCUGAUGCCCUGGAUCGGUUUCAUCUUCUUGAUGGGUCAUAUGUCCAUUAGCCACAUCUACCGACAAAUUCUGGACGACGGACAGGUGGUUGACAUCACGGGUGCUCAGAUGGUACUCGUCAUGAAGCUUACCUCGUUUUGCUGGAACGUUCAUGAUGGUCGGUUACCUCAGGACCAACUUUCAGAUCCCCAGAAGUACGCCGCCAUUACGAAGUUCCCGAGUAUUUUGGACUACCUUGGAUACGUCUUGUUCUUCCCCUCCCUCUUCGGAGGCCCCUCGUUCGAGUAUGUCGACUAUCGCCGGUGGAUUGACACUACUUUGUUCGAUGUGCCGCCCGGAACAGACCCAUCCAAGGUGCCUCCGACUCGAAAGAAGCGCAAGAUUCCGCGCAGUGGCACUCCUGCGACGAAGAAAGCUCUGAUGGGAAUAGGGUGGAUCUUGGCUUUCCUGCAGCUGGGCUCCGUGUAUAACCAGGAAGUGGUUCUUGGGCGGCAGUUCUUAGAAUACAACUUUAUCCGGAGGGUCUGGAUUUUGCACAUGCUGGGUUUUACGGCCCGACUCAAGUACUACGGAGUGUGGUCCCUAACGGAGGGAGCCUGCAUCCUGUCGGGGAUGGGAUACAACGGCUUUGACCCAAAGACAGGCAAGGUUUUCUGGAAUCGUUUAGAGAACAUUGAUCCAUGGGCCCUUGAAACCGCCCAAAACUCGCAUGGCUAUCUGGGGAGCUGGAACAAGAACACCAACCACUGGCUUCGAAACUAUGUCUAUCUGCGAGUGACGCCGAAGGGUAAAAAGCCAGGCUUCCGUGCUAGCCUGGCCACCUUCGCGACCAGCGCCUUCUGGCAUGGGUUCUAUCCCGGGUACUACCUUACCUUUGUUCUGGGAUCAUUCAUACAAACUGGAGCCAAGAACUUCCGCCGCUAUGUUCGACCUUUCUUUCUCUCUCCAGAUGGUCAAAAGCCAGGCCCUUAUAAGCGGUACUAUGAUAUUCUGAGCUGGCUGGUGACGCAGGUCACGCUUUCGUUCACCGUGAUGCCCUUUAUCUUCCUCUCCUUCAAGACCUCUAUCGAUGUCUGGCGGAGUGUGUAUUUCUACGGAAUCCUAAGCAACGCCGCAUCGUUGGCAUUCUUCGCUAGCCCCGCCAAGGGCUAUCUCAUCCGAAAGCUGAAAGUCCGUAAUAAGCCUCAGAUGACGCGCACUUCCAGCACAGAAAGCAUGCAUCAGCCUACCCUGGGACUCCCAAGCGAUGCGAUACAAGAAUUCGACGAUGCUGUCCAAGAGAUUCGGUCUGAGAUCGAGGCCAGGCGGCGGCGUGGAAGUACCGUCAACAUGCCCAUUGGCGAAGAGUUGAAGGCUGCAGUGGAAAGUAAGAUUGGUCGAAAGUUUUAA